UCCCCUGUCCCAUCCAUCUCACCGCCGCCGCCACUGUUCUCUCGGGAUCCAUCCCGAGCCAACCACUGUCCCUCCUGCCCGAUCCAUCCAGCCAGCGCUCUCCACUGCUCCUCCUCGAUCUAGGUGCCCGCGCCCCCGAUCCAAACCCCCUCUCGAUCUCUCCCCGCCAACUAGUGCCUCCCCUGGAUCCCGCGUCUUCGCGUGCCACGCCGGAGUUCCACCUCGCCGGAGCACAGGACCCCCUCUGCCGCCGGUGAGAUGCCAUGCUGCUGCUCCUCCGUUUUCCCCUGCACCUCCCGUGCCUCACAUCUCCCUCUCGACCUCCUAAUGCAGCGCCAUGGAUGGCUGCAGCCCAAGCUCGCGUCCGACCUCUUCGAUCCGCCUUUGCUCCGCCUCAAGCCGCGUCCUCGCCGGGCCUCUCGCGCGCCUGAGCUCCACCUUGCGUGCCCGCCUCCUCGUCCUCGUGGCCGAAGCAGCCGAACAGGAGGCCGAGCGCCCAAGCCCAGUCCCCGUAGCCUCCCGUCCACGUCGUCUCGUCCCGGACCUCGCCGGAAGGAGCAUCACCACCUCAUCCCUGGAGCCGCCCCUGCCGAAUCCGCGUCCUCGCCAUGCCGAUGAUCCGCCCGUCGUUCCUCACCCGCCCGAGGGCGCCAUCUUCCCCCGUUCCAGCGCGGCUGCUGCCGGCCUCGUCUCUCUGCCAGGGAGACGAGCCCCUCGCUCGUUGACCUCGGCCUCCUCAAGCCCGGCACCGCCAAGCCGCUUCCUCGCCAGUUUCUCCUCCCCGCCACCACCUGCGCCGCCCCGGUCACGCGCCAUCGACCGCGAGACCCGCCGCGCCAAGCCCCUCCAGUCGCCGGUCUCCUUUGCUGCAUCGAGCAGCAUCAGUUCAGGCAGAGGAGGGCGAUGCCUCUGCCUCGACACCUCCCGUUGACCGCGACCCGUGGCCCAGCAAGACACUGCAGCCAGCCCCUCUCCUCCAGCCGGCCCAUGAGGCCUGGUGAGAAACCGCCCCCCCGAGUGCCCAUGUCCUAUUUCGGCCCGUGACUUGUUUUUUUCCUGUGCUGUGAUUUUGUCAUUAAAUCCUGGACAUGCUUAUUAUAGAAAUGCCCCUAUUUUAAACUGCUAAUAACUAUUUAACCAUGCAUCCAAAUAAAACAUGUCAUAUAUGUAACAUGCUUAGAAUUUCAUCUAGUUUCACAAUAUCCCACUUUCAUCCAUGUUUAAAAUGUUUAAAUUACUGUUUGCAUUUAAUUUGCAUAAAUGCCAUGUUAAAAUGAUUUAUUUCAUAACUAAAUAACCGUAACUCGGAUUUUAAUAAACUUCAUAUGUAAAUGGGGUAGAAAAAUGCCUAGUUUAUUUGGUGCACUUUAUUUUGCUGUUUAACAACAUUAAAAUUGUGUUUAUGGCAGAACAGUACCAAAUCUAAAUUAUGACUUGAGGAUUUUCCGGGAAUUGCUGUUUGUCAUUCCGGCCUCAUUUAAAUUGCCUAAAAUAGGUAGUUUCCUUAUGCUUCACCUCUUGCCAUGGUUAAUAACAUUUAAUAUUGUUGGGUACAUAACCGAGAGAGAACUAAAUAAUUGACGUGGUGUUUCGUCAAUAUGCAACCCGUUGCAUAUUGAGCUCCACUUAACUUGUAGUUUCGUUUGUACUUUUGCCAUGCCAUGCCUCAUUA